AUGAACUGUCUACUCUUCAGGUGCCUUAAUCAGAGAGAUAUCUGCGGUAGAGUACAUAUUAUAAACCAAGAAAGGAUCGACAAUGGCCAAAAAGCCAUUGUAGGGUCAUUGCCGUGGUUUGCAGGAGUUUUUAGAUUCGUUAAAAACGCUUCCAAUUAUGAAUUCCUUUGUGGGGGUUCAAUCAUAUCUUCAAAUUUAGUCGUUACAGGGGCUCGGUGCUUUUGGUAUCAUCGUAGAAUGUCAUCUAAUAUAAUAUCAAACAUCAGUGGUCGGUACAAAAUCGCUGUUGGGAAAUACGACAGAAACUUUUCAAUUAUUGACAAUAACUUUACUCAAAUAAUGGAUGUGGAACAUAUUUACCUGGAAAAAGGUGGAUUUUUUGAGUUUUUAGCUAAUAAUAUAGCUAUUGUUGUGUUAAAAAACCGAGUUUCUUUUAGUUAUUAUGUUGCGCCUGUUUGUAUUGAUUUUGAUGGAAAAUACAAUGUAAUUAACGGAUAUCCAGGAAAGAUUGUUGGUUGGGGAUAUCCGAAUAAUGGCAGUAUAAGUCCUAUUUUAUUAGAAUCAUCUUUACCAUACAUCGACCUUAGUACUUGCAAAAAAAUGUACCCAAGCGUAUCCCGUGUAGUUUUGACUGAUGAUAAGUUUUGUACCACUUCUGAAUUGGAUUCAGGACCAGAUGUAAGUGUGGGGUAUGAUGGUGACGGCUUAAGCUUUUUCCACAACAAUUCUUACUAUUUAACUGGAGUAACAGGUGUCAAGGAUCGACUACGUUCAAUAAUAGUUUUUACAGAAGUUAAGUACCACAUGACAUGGAUUCGUGAACUGUAUAACCAACACAAAUAA